AUGGACUCUGAAGACCAGACAGAUCCUGCAGUAGAGCGUACUUUCGUGUGUCCGCACUGUGCGCCAGGUCAGGAACAGAGCUAUACCCGCAAAGAGCAUCUCGACAGACACAUCACCAGCAGGCAUACCGACGAGCGGCCACACCAAUGCGGCAGCUGUAAUCAAUCGUUCGCGCGAAAAGACAUCCUCAAACGGCAUGAGCAGAGCCACAUGACUGCUCAAUAUAACAUGCAAGAUCAGCUCGAUCCUCAGCUCGAUAGGCUGCAAGCAGAUGUGCCCGUCACGCCCGGCUCGUCGUCGGCAGCCUACGAUACAAGCUCGUCCACAAGCGCCAUAGCCGCUGCGGCAGUCGCUUCUCGCCAGUUCACGGGACGAGACCCAGCGGACGUUCUCCGUACCUCGCUUUCCUGCGAUGCAUGUUCGGCUGGCCGCACCCGCUGCUCCGGAACCUCGCCCUGCGAGAGAUGCUCGAGACUUGGUCGCGCCUGUACCUAUGACCGACCCUAUGCUAGAGCGGUGUAUGCUCGCAACGAUCCUGCACAGCCCUAUGUCGCUCGCUACAGUGUCGUGCGUAAGCCAGGCACUCGAGACCUCCUCGCUGAUCUGCCACCGCCCCCUGCCGCACCUCAACACAAGAGCGCUGUGGUCGUCAGACAAGAUUUCAUGAAUGCCCUUCUCAAGCUCGAAGCUGCUGAGACAGCUCUCAACGGUAUUCCACAAGACACUGCACAGUCACCAUCUCAGAGAAUCGAUCUGCGGCAUCAGUCCGCGCAUCUGUUGAACGAGCGAGAAGACGGGUACGAACAUCUGAAGAACGCUCUGCAAGAAGUGUGGAGCACCUCACCCUACGCAGAAGCGGACCCGGCUUACCGACUUACGCCGGAGCUUUUCAAAGCAUUCAUCGACUCUUACUUCAAGUGCUACGGCAACUGGUGCGCAGUGGUCCACAAGCCCUCCUUCAAGGUCGAGGACACCUCCGCGCUCGUGCUUUUGACAAUGGCGUCCAUCGGGGCACGCUAUGCGGGAGAUGUAGUGGCAGAAAAUCAGAGACACGCAGAUGCACUGACCGUCAUGGCCUAUCGAGCGCAUGCAUACUACGGCGACCGUGUCGACACUGUCUUGCGACCCAUGGACCAUAACAUUGCCUCCGUAUUGAUGGCUCUGCAUCACGUCAGCUGCGGUCAGCGCGAGAUGGUCGAUCGCAUGUUACAAAUGGAACCGCUAUCUUCGCAUAUUGCACUGCGCGAGGGCCUGCUGGUCACGCCGGAUGUCGAUUGGAGGACAGAGCGAGUCUUGUCGGCACAGCAGCGCUGGGAGCUGUGGAAGCUGCGUGAGGAGCGCCAGCGGAUCGGCUGGGCCGCAAUGGCAUUCUCACAAAUCUGUACAAUGUGCUGGGGUACAAGCGGCGACGAUGUCUCACAGAUGGUGGAAGAGGUUCGCCUGCCUUGUCCACAGAGACUUUGGCAGGCUCAGACGGCGGAAGAAUGGGUGUCUCUGCUGCCUGAUAAUGGCGUUCCGGCCUCGUCACCAGUCGUAUCAGACGUAUUGCGCCGGCUCGACGAAAUCUCGAGGUCGAGCGAGCCAGAGCAAAGUCUCUUGGGCAUAGACAAGCACGACUUUACUGUCGUCAGACUCGUUCUCGUGCUCAUCCACAGCAAGCAAUGGCAACUCUUUGAAUGGCAAAAUAUUGAAGCACCUGCCCUUGGCAGGUUGCAGCCUUCCGAUGCGAGCUGGAUCUCUCGACUGGGCUCUCAUUCUGACCGCCUUCGAGUUCAGUUUGCAAGGCUGUUCUUGCCGCCUGCUGCUGAGCUCACGGCGAACAUCGAAAGUGGCCGACCCGAAGCCGAUGGACAGCUCGGUCUUACAUGUCUAUGGCACUUUCUCCGCUUCAACGAUUGCAUGUCCAUCCAUGCCCUCCAAGAUCUGGCUCAAGGCGAGGCUGCGCAUUCGAUGUCAGACGUCAAGACCGGGCUGGUCACCUGGGCAAGCCAAGACAGUGGCCGGAUCGCACGGGAAACACUAUUCCAUGCCUCCCAACUUCUGCAUUCUUUCGCCACAGAUAUGCUCACCGGCACAAAUCCGAUGGACCCGUUUAUGGUAUUUUACAGUACGCUUGCCGUCUUUGUCUACAUCCAGAUUGUGCAUCAGCCGGCUCCUGCCAACGCAGUUCCCGGCGCGCUCGUCGACAUGUCACAGCUUUUGGACGCCGAACAGAUCUCUCAGUGGAUCGACGGUAGAAUGCCUCAUGCCACAGUAGUACUCACUGGCGUUGAGGAUAUGCUCAAAAGGAACGCUGCUACUCAAGCGCUCAUGCAAGGCUAUGAGAUCCUCAGCAAGUUCAAGGUCUGGCCAGUCUCGCAGCAAUUUGCCGCUGUUUUGCAGAGUAUGGCGCAGGAAAACGAAGCGCAAGCUUAA